AUGGAACGUUUAAUUGAUGUUGUACGGGGGUAUCCUCCAGUGACACGAAGCUGGUGUUUUGCCAUAAUGGGCUGUGCGACAUUGACUACAUUCAAAUGGGUGUCGAAGGUGGUUCUACUUUUCCAUGCUGAGAGAGCGUUUACCAAUCAAUGGUGGAGACUCGUCACUGGGUUCUGCUUCUUUGACGAAUGGCUGCUCAAUUUGCUUGUGCGAAUAAUCAUGAUUUCGUUUCAAUGCAGACGACUUGAGGAAAUGUUUGAGACAAAGAGAUCGCUUUUGCCAGACGUAGUUCGCAGCUUCACUCCUCGCCAAACUGCUACCUUACAGACAUUUAUAGAUCGAAACAAAUCGCUUGACUACUUGUACUUUUUCCUUCAGAUCUGUUUUACUCUAGUGGCUGGUGUUACUCUUUGCUACUACUGGUACGAUUUAAAGACCGCGCCUUUUAUGGGCAAUCUCCUCUCGGAGAUCUUGCUCUACUACUCUUGCAGAAGCAGACCACACGCACAGAUGAACUUCCUUGUUUUCUUCAAUGUUCGUUCAGUGUACAUUCCUUUCGUGAACAUUUUGGUCGGAUGGUUGAUUUUGGGAAAGCCUUUGGAUAGAAUAUUUGAGAUUCUUGAAGGCAAAUUGUCACCAAUACAAACAUUAUUUUGGUGGGAAUCAGCUUUGACGUUAUCUAUUAGCCACAUCUUUUGGUUUUCCAGAGAGACGUUGCUUUCCGCAGUGUAUUACGAAAAUGACGAGAAGAAAACUAAUGCCAGAGACGCUACUUUGGCUGCUCACGGAAUCAAGAAAUAUAAUGUUGUGCAAAAGUUGUUGAUUGUGGUCUUCUUACCACCCUGGUAUUGGGUGAUUAUUCCUAAGAUCAAGAACAAUGUGCACUAG